AUGCUGCAGCAUGUGCCGGUCUUCCUCCAGAAGACGUACGACAUGAUCCAGAACUGCCCCGAGUUCAUUGCGACGUGGUCGACGUCCGGCGAGACCUUCAUCAUCAAGCGCAUCAACGAGUUCGCGGCCGAGAUCCUCCCGCGCUACUUUAAGCACAACAACUUUUCGAGCUUUGCGCGCCAGCUCAACUUCUAUGGCUUCCACAAGGUCAAGAAAGAGGACAUCCUUCUCCGGACGCGCACGCCCAACGCGCCGGACGCCGCGCUCGAAGCCCAGGGCUGGUGGGAGUUCUCGCACCCGCUCUUUGUUCGCGACGAACCCGAGAAGAUGGCCAGCAUCCGCCGCAAGACGUACGCGGACUCGGCGCACGUGCAUCAUAACAAUGCCUCGUCGUCCGCGUCCGACAACAAGUCGGAGCUUGAGGAGCUCAAGGGCUUUGUGAGCGAACUCGUCGACGACAUGAAGGGCGAGCUCGCGUCGCUGAAGAGCCAAGUGAGCAUGCUUGCGCAUCACAUGUCCUCGAUCGGCUCGCUCAUGCAGAUGAUCGUGCAGCAGCACCAACAGCAGUCGUCGAUGACAAUGCCGCACCAUUUGCCCGCGCCCAUGCACAUGCCGACGAACGACGACUAUGGCCACCAGCCGCUCAAGCGCCGCAAGAUGGAGCACGCGACCUCUACGUCGUCGUCGUCACCACCGACUGCGUCGCCGGCCAUCCUGCUGCCACCGCUCAACUCGAUCCGGCACCACAUCAAGGCGGACGAGCCGCCCACGCAGAACCAUCACUUGGACGAAUCCGAGGCGACGGCGGCCUAUUUGCUGUAUCACGCGCGCCGGAACGACCCGCCACCGAUGCAGUGA